UGACAACAUGGGCGAACAAGUGCAGGUUGCCCCUCUCCGAUCUUUGGGAGAUUUUAUCUUGGAAUCGGCACGAUUCCAGAUCCCGAACAUAAAAGAUGCCGACAAAUGGGCUAACAGGGUUUUGAACAAUCUGCUUUAUUAUCAGACGAACUACUUCCUGACGGCGCUUAUAGUUUUUCUACUCAUUGGAAUCAUCCAUCCUGUAAAGAUGGUGUUUGGGUUCGUGGCUAUUGCUGUUGCGUUUGGAGGCUUUGUGUAUUCCACCAACAAUCAGUGGCGAACCAGGAAAUUCAAGCGCGACCAUCCCCUGCUCAGUGUGCUCAUCAUUCUGGCGGCCGGCUACCUCGUCGUCUACAUGCUCGGCGCUGUCAUCGUCUUCAUGUUCGGAAUAGCUUUCCCCUUGCUAUUGAUAAUCCUUCAUGCAUCUUUAAGAAUGAGGAGCUUUAAAAACAAAAUCACCAACAAGAUGGAGUUUGUUGGCUUGAAACGGACUCCGAUGGGUAUCAUCUUGGAGGGACUUGGACAGGAACAGGAAGCAGGCUCCUAGACUGUCAGCAUCCAUGGAUACAUUGUCGCUGGCGUUGUAACAAGUUGUCAAGAAAUAUUUUGUACUUCAAAUAUUUAUGGUCAUACGUCUUACGCUUUUGAAGUCUACUUUUUGCAAGAAAGCUUACAAAUAUAAGCUUACGUUAUGAAUGAAAGGUUCUAUAUUUGAAUCUGUUUCUAAAGUUAUUAUGAUGUAAUUAUGAGUGACAGGUUGUUAUGCUGGAAUUAUUGUGUAUGGUUGACACAUAUUUCAUUCAGUCUACAUAAUUGAAGAAAAAAACAACUUAUUUUUUUAUGUAAAAUUGUUAGAUUUAUUAACCUUUUCUCUGUGAUGUAACUGGUGCUCUUGCUAACAGGCUGUAAAUCAACUGUCAUAGUCUGCUUCAUGCAGAUAUC